UUUAUUCAUUUUCAUUUUUCAUUUUGCCGGGAGAAAGGAAAAAAAGAAAGAGGGAAAGUAAGAACCAAAGGCCCGCUCAGAAUUUUGGCAUCAAAUUUUGAAACCUUUUUCACUUCGAGCGCGCUUCUUCUUUCCAAACUAUUUUCAUUUCGCGAUUCCCCCUCUUUUCUUUCUCUCUCUAUAUUCUAAUUUCCAAUCUCAAUCACUUCAAUUCUUCAAUUUCUAGGGUUUCUCUUUUCCACUUAGGGUUCCCAAUUUGUUUUUCCCCUCUUCCCCAUUCAUGGCUACGGAAACCCUAGAUCACACUAUACCUCCCCUUCAAGACAAAACCGUAGACAACCAAAGCAACGAAAACGAUGCUGCAGGUGAACCCCAACCUAUAGAGGAGGAAACCGAGGUAGCUGAACAUGACGCGGGAAUUCCCGAGAAAGAUACUUCGCCGGAUGUUGCUGAAUCCAAAGAGGAGAAUUUAGACGAGGAUAAUCAAAAUACAGAAGAGAAGAAAGAGAUCGACGAACACUCAGAGAAAGAGGAAGAAAAGGAUGAUGGAGAUGAAGAUGAAGAUGCUGGUGAAGAUGAAGACGAGGAGGAAGAAGAUGCUGAUGAGAAGGGGAAGGCGACUAAGAGUGAUCAGAACAAGUUGAAGAAAGAAGCUGGAUCGGAGAAAAAGAGUCCAGCUACGCCGUCAAGUGACAGGCCAACCAGGGAACGGAAAACGGUGGAGCGCUACUCUGCUCCAUCACCUUCGAAGUUGGGAAAAUCUUCUUCCAGUAAAGGUUUGACAAUUGAAAAGGGACGUGGUACUCAGCUUAAGGAUAUUCCAAAUGUGGCUUUCAAGUUGUCAAAGAGAAAACCUGAUGACAACCUGCACGUGCUUCAUAGUUUAUUGUUUGGGAAGAAAACAAAGGCACACAAUCUUAAGAGGAAUAUAGGCCAGUUUUCUGGUUAUGUGUGGGUUGAAAAUGAGGAAAAACAGAGGGCCAAGAUAAAGGAAAGGAUUGACAAAUGUGUGAAAGAAAAAUUGAUGGACUUCUGUGACGUUCUUAAUAUACCAAUUAUCAAGAGUAAUGUUAAGAAGGAGGACAUUUCUGCUAAGCUGUUGGAGUUUCUGGAGUCGCCACAUGCUACAACUGAUGUUCUGCUUUCUGAAAAAGAACAGAAAGGUAAGAAGCGGACUAGAAAAGCAACCCCUGGCAAAUCUCCUGUGGAAGCAUCUACAGAAACCCCAUCAAAGAAGCAAAAACAAACUCCAGUGUCUGGAAAAAAGCAAAAGCCUUCUUCUGAUGUUGAAGAGGUAGAUAAAGCUGAACUCUCAGAUGCAAAAGAUGAGUCUCAAGAAGAUGAAGAUGUUGUAAUGGAAAAUAAUGACAGUGAUGAUGAGGUGAGUAAAUCAGAGGAAGAGGAAGAUACUCCAAAGGCUCCCAAGAGUACCACAAAAAAAACUGUGAAGGAAGGUUCAGGUGCCAAAGCUGGUGCUAAAACCCCAUCUGUUAAGAAGACCUCAACGAAAGCUGCCAAAAGCAGUGAAAAGACUCCAAAAAAAUCUAUACAGAAACAGUCCAAUACUGAGCAUGAUAAUGCCUCCGUCUCUCUCUCCAAGUCAAAGCAACGUGCAACCAAGAAACAGAAAGUUGUAAAGGAAAAGCAGGACACCGGUGGGAAGGCUGCAAGCAAAACCUCAAAGGCUUCGGUUAAGGAUCAAGUUAAAGGUAAAAGUAGUAAGAAGGCCAAGGUAGAGCCUAGUAGGGAGGAGAUGCACACAGUUGUUGUUGAUAUUCUGAAGGAAGUAGAUUUCAAUACUGCAACUUUGUCCGAUAUUCUCCGACAACUUGGUACCCAUUUUGGCCUUGAUUUAAUGCAUAGAAAAGCAGAGGUGAAGGAUAUCAUCACAGAUGUAAUUAAUAACAUGUCUGAUGAGGAAGAGGAAGGCGAGGAAGCUGAAAAUGAUGGUGACGGGGAUGUAGAUGCAGGUAAAGAUGGUGACGACAGUGAUGAAGAUGAUGAUGCAUGAUCUUAUACAAAAGAAUAUAAUGACAGCAGAAGUUAGAAGCAUGCGAGUCAUCUAUUAGCUAAAUUUCAUGUUCAUUCUCCUGUCAGCUGUCUAUACGGGUUAAGCUUUGGUAGGUAUAUUUGGUUUGAGUUGUGACCUUUUUCUAUGAUAGCUGCUCUAAGCUAGGUUUGUACUUUGUACCAUAUUAGAUUUAACCCGUUCCUCUGUAUUACAGAUGUGUCAUUUUAUUUGUCAUGUUGAAUAGUUUUUUUCCCCCACCUGCCUGUAAACAUUAUUGUCUUCUAAUUUUAGAUCAAUGUUAAAUUUAUUUGUUAGAACUUGA